AUAGACAAACAUAUCUACCAGUCUCGACUCAACGGUCAUAUUUCAUUAGAGAGAGAGAGAGAGAGAGAGAGAUGCGGAAGAGAAAGGGUGCAUCUGCAGUGGUAGAAGACGAAGAAGAAAACGAAAACGAGGAUUGUGAAGGAAAUGGUUUCUUUGCUUGCUACCUCUUGACAUCCCUCAGCCCCCGCUACAAAGGCCACACUUAUAUCGGAUUCACAGUGAAUCCGAGGCGCCGGAUCAGGCAACACAAUGGGGAGAUUGGGUGUGGAGCUUGGAGAACGAGGAAGAGGAGGCCUUGGGAGAUGGUUUUGUGUAUCUAUGGCUUCCCAACAAAUGUCUCUGCUCUUCAGUUUGAAUGGGCAUGGCAGCACCCUGUUGAAUCAUUGGCGGUAAGGAAGGCAGCUGUGGAGUUUAAAUCCCUCUCAGGAAUUGCCAACAAGAUUAAACUUGCAUACACAAUGCUCACCCUUCCAUCCUGGCAGAGCAUGAAUAUCACUGUGAACUUCUUCUCCACUAAGUACAUGAAACACUGUGCUGGUUGCCCGAGCUUGCCCGCACACAUGAAGACCAAGUUUGGCUCACUGGAUGAACUUCCAUGUUAUAAUGAAGGCAUUGAUGGUUUGUCAGAGAAUGAAGAUGAUAAUAUUGAUGAAGUAGAAUUCAAUAAUAAUACUAGUACUAGUGGUUCUGUUCCAGAUGUGGGUGAUGAUUUAGUCACUCCUGAUUCACCAGAAAAUCCAAAUCACAGGGACAAGAUUAGCGAAGCAUUUGAGUGGAACAAAGAAUCUGAAGUAAGACAACCACUAGGUAAUUCAUUUUCUUCACAAGAGCAGAGCCAACCGUUUAGUUCUACAACGCCACUGACAAUGAAAUCAUCUUCAACAACUUCAUUACAUAGAGUAGAUAUUAUUGAAGAUGAUUUUAUGAGUGUGAUCAAUAAGAGUGGUGCUGAUUUGAUUCAACCAGAACCUGAGCAAUCAGGUGCUACAUCAGCAGCCAAUAAAAAUCAUGAUGUCAGCCACACAUUUGUUGUGCCCAAUGAAGCUGAGAUUAUCGAUUUGUCAACCCCCUCCCCUAGUUGCAGAAGUGUUUUGGAUAGGAAGAAGAGAAGAGUUUCCUCUUCUGUUGGUACUGAUUUUAUUGACUUAACCAACUCCCCCAACUUUGUCCAAUUGUAAGGCUUUGGCCUGCCACAACACUGAUGUGAUGUGAUGAGAAAACAUAAUUUGUUAAAUAAUCUGCUUUGUCACACUCCAUUAUCUUUCUCAGAUAUGGAUCACACAAAGCAGUUAUUGACAACAGAGACCACCAAUGAAUGUGUAAGAAUGGAGAAUUCUGAACAAAUAAAUAUUAUCUUGUUUGUUUCCUCAAGGUUUGGUUACUGCCA